AUGUCUUUCCCCGAAUACAACACGUCGUCUGCGGCGUUGCGGAAACGGAAAACCAUCAAGAAACUGAUCAAUUUCUCCGUAAUGAUUGUUGGCGAAUCCGGCCUGGGCCGCUCCACAUUAAUCAAUUCUUUAUGUGGUGGAAACUCCAUAGUGCCUACAUCGUCUACGGCCACCCAGGACGCCUUCACGAAAAAGUUGACACUCAGACACGAGAACGUCGAGUUGGAGGAUAACGACGGUCACAAAAUUUCCUUGAAUAUCAUCGAUACGCCCAACUUCGCCAACGCUAUUGACUGUGACGAAGAUUUCCGUAUAGUGGUGGAUUUCAUCAGACACCAGUACGACGAGGUGCUCUUGGAGGAGUCGCGGGUCAAGAGAAAUCCAAGAUUUAAGGAUGGGCGUAUUCAUGUGUUGAUUUACUUGAUUAACGCCACAGGUCAUGGACUCUCGGAGAUUGACGUUAAGUUCUUGCAACAUGUAAGUAACUUAGUCAAUGUGAUUCCGGUCAUUGCUAAGGCAGAUUCCUUGACUCCAUCGGAGUUGAAGUUGAACAAAGAGUUGAUUUUGGAGGAUUUGGUCAACUACAACAUCAACUAUUAUAAAUUCAAUGAGUACGAGUACGAGGAAGACUACAUUGAUGACGAAAUCAUCGCCUACAACAAGUACUUGAAUCUGUUGAUCCCAUUUGCGGUGAUUGGCGCCAACAAAUACCAAGAUGCCGGUAACGGCGACGAAGACGACGAGAUGUUGAAAUUGCGGGUGUUGAACAACGCUUGGGCGACGCCUAUCAACGUGGAAAUGCCCGAAUUCAACGAUUUCACCAUAUUGAAAAACGUUCUUCUAAUCACUCAUUUGAAUGAGUUUAAGGAGCUCACGCAUGACGUGAUCUACGAGAACUACAGAACCGAGGCAUUGUCCGGAAAACAAUUCCAAUACAACGGAGACCAGAAGGACGCACUGAUUGCUGGCGAGGAACAGUCGGACUACGUGGCCAAGGAGGAGCAGAUCAAGUUGGAAGAGGAGCGGUUGAAGAAGUUCGAGGAGCGUGUCCAUCAAGACUUGCUCAACAAGAGAAAGGAACUUUUGGAGCGGGAAAACGAAUUGAAGGAAAUCGAAAAGAGAUUGCUUGCUGAGGGCUUGAAGUUGAACGACGAGGGCGAGGUCGUCAAGAUUGAAGAGUAA